AUGUACCAUUUCAUUGUGUUCCCCAACUCUCCCAAGUACAAACAAGGGCUUGUUCAAUUUCUCUUGAAACAAGCCGGCGUAGAGAAGCGUACUGGUGAUCUGUUUGGAAACAGAGAUCUUUUGAAUAUAGCACGCAACAUGGCUCGUGGACUUAAGGGGGUUGAGAAUGUGUACACUCAACAUCAGCCACUUUUGUUUCAAACAAUGGAGAGCAUAACCAGAGGGAGAUUGCGAGAUGUGGAUUACCCCUUUGUUGGAGAUCAUUUUCAACAGGGACGGCCACAAGAGGUGGUGAUAUUCAUGGUUGGUGGAACAACGUACGAGGAAUCACGCUGCGUUGCUCUACAAAACUCGACCAACUCCGGGAUUCGGUUUAUUCUGGGCGGCACCGCAGUGCUUAAUUCCAAGAGGUUUCUCAUGGACUUGGAAGAAGCACAAAGGAUAUCAAGAUCAGGUAGCCAUAUGGUGUGAAGAGGGUUAUAACAAAAGAGAUUGUGCAUUAGUAGUCUAUAUAUAAGAUUCUUGCUUAUGAUAAAUAUUUGACUACAGAAGAAUUAAACAUGCGUGUCAUAAUUUUUGGAGAGACAAUGAUAGAAGAAGAGGUUCUUCGAAUCAUUCCUACAUUUGAUGA